GGCUAUUACAGAAUGACCUUGCACUGAGCUGUUGUGGAAGAAGCAAGAUUUAAACAUCAGUUCUUCAAUGUGCAUCCUUCUAUUCAAAUUUGACCCCCGACCAGUUUCAAAAAAUGCAUACAGGCUUAUUCUAGCAGCUAAUAGAGAUGAAUUUUACCACAGACCAUCCAAAUCGGCAGAUUUUUGGGACAGCAGCAAUGAGAUCCUUAGUGGUCUGGAUAUGGAGGAAGGAAAAGAAGGUGGGACGUGGCUGGGAAUCAGUAAGAAAGGCAAGAUGGCAGCCCUGACAAACUAUUUGCAGCCAAAGAUUGAUAAAAAUGCAAAAGGAAGAGGUGCUCUUGUAACAAACUUCUUGACUGCAGAUCUGGACAGCUACUCUUACUUGAAGAAAGUUUCAGUAGAAGGACAUCUUUACAAUGGAUUUAAUUUAUUAGCAGCUGACUUGAAUACCACCAAAGGAGAUGUAAUUUGCUACUAUGGAAACAAAGGAGAACCAGAACCUGUUUUCCUAAGUCCUGGAAUAUAUGGAUUGAGUAAUUCUUUGUUGGAUACGCCAUGGAAGAAACUUCAAUACGGGAAGCAGCUUUUCUCAGAAGUGGUCAAGAGAAGUCAAGACCUUAGCAAAGAAGACUUGGUGCAGGAGCUUCUUACAGUGAUGAAUAAUCAAGAGCCUCAGUUACCAGACCCUGCAAUUGAAGACCAAGGGAAGGAUUAUAUACGUCCUAUAUUGAACAAGUAUGCAGCUGUAUGUGUGCGUUGCCCAGGUUAUGGAACGAGGACUAACACAGUCAUUCUGAUUGAUUCGGAAGGAUGGGUUACUUUCACAGAGCGCACCAUGAUCAAUGCAGAUGUCAACCAGUGGAAAACAAGCACCUAUGAAUUCAAACUGCACACUUAACAACUUUCCAUUUGAAUGGUUUGUAAUAAAAGCAAUGAGAGAACAAGCCAUUAAGCUCCAGUAAAUGUUUUGUGCCAGCCUCCGCAAGCUAAAAAUAGCAAGGAAAGCAAAAGUUUAUCUAAACUGGUAGCAUACCCUA